AUGACGAGAAGCCCUUACUAUGACAAAAACGGAAUAAAGAGAGGUGCGUGGAGUAAGGAAGAGGAUGAAAGGUUAAGAGCAUAUGUUGAGAUAUAUGGUCAUAGAAAUUGGCGCCAACUCCCCAAACACGCGGGGACAUGGUCUUUGAUUGCCGAAAGAUUACCAGGGAGAAGUGACAACGAGAUUAAGAACCGUUGGCAUAGCCACCUAAAGAAGCAACUGGAGUGCAAUCAAGCGGACAAAUUUGAGCUCAGAAUGAAUUCUAGUUGUACUUGUGAAAGAGAAACAACAAAGCAUUUCGAACCUGAAAACCCUCUGCUUGGUUUCGUUGCUGCUUCCUCCGCUAAUGUCUUGGAAAGCUCACCGAUUGAAGAAUCAAGCGAUGCUAAUAAUGCCGCAUGGGAAAUAGUUGAAGAAUUCGGGGAUUUUGGGACCCAACCAAUAACCAUUGAAGCACGGAUAUCUGGAAUCUCAAAGGAAUCAGAAGAAGAGUUAGGAGAAUGUAAGAGUGCAUUGGAGAAGUUCUUGAGUGAUAUAGCUCAAAUUGAAUCUGAGAAUGGGAAGGAUGAGCCAAAGUGCCCAGAUUUACUCAUACAAGAAGCUGAAAUGAAGCAUGAGCAUCUACAAACUCAUAAGGACUUGUGUCCUAUAUCAGGUAAUAUUGAUCCUCUUCUUGAGGAGAUUGACCCUUGUGCUAUAACUACUAUUCUUGUUGAAGCUUUUGAUAAUAUGAGUGAUAUUGAGGUGGAUGAAGAAAUUGUCUGUGAAUCCCCUCAUGUUUUUGUACAUGCUAAUACUCAUUUUGUUGCUCUUAGUGGUAGUGAUUUGGAUGAAGAUGCUGUUUUGUGUGAUGAUUUACAUGCCAAUCAUGUUCCUCUUCAUAGUGUUGGAAGCGUUGUUAUUGAUAAGUAUGAGAACAUUGAGAUUGCUAAAUCUUGUUUGAGUGCAAUUAUUGAUGACAAAUGCACAUAUUUGGAAGGGAUCUCCUCAACACCAAACUCCACCAUAUCCUCUUGGACCUCUUUCAAUUGA